UCAUGUAUAUCAGUGUAUGACUCUGUUGACUGUUCUGGAGCAUGUAACAUUGCCGACUUAGGUUUGUCAAUUUUUGUUUAUUUUAUCUACGUACACAAAUACCAGACAGUAGACAUUGUUUUUGAAAUUUGUGUUGUUUAAAGUAGAUUUAUUUUUUUAUUUUUUUAUUGGUAGCAUAUAUUUAAUAGUUUAUUUAACUUCAUUAUGAGUAAUAAUAAUAAAUCGGCACUUUUCGCUUGCUCUAAGUGUUUCAAACGGUACUUAUAUGAAGAUUUGUCAUCUGGUCAGCAACUUUGCAAAGAAUGUCGAGGAUCAUACCCUAUAGUGAAAUGUACUUAUUGUAGGACUGAAUUUCAGCAGACCGAUAAAUCAAAUACAAGUACUAUUUGCAAGAAAUGUGAACAAUUUGUUGUACAAUAUGGAAGGCCAACUGCGUGCAGUUAUUGUAAUAUAAUAGCAGCAUUUAUUGGCCAAAAAUGUCAACGCUGUGCUAAUUCUGAACGCAAAUAUGGACCACCAGUUACUUGUGAUCAAUGCAAACAAAAUUGUGCAUUUAAUAGAAAAGAUAUGGACUGUGAAUUGCUUGAUGGGAAGGUAUUAUGUUACUUGUGUACUUUAUCUUUUAAACGAGCUUUAGCUAAAACAAAGAAAACUGAUGCUGAAAUGAAACAAUUAGUAAAAAAACGUGAUGGUUCAAAAAAUAGAAAAACUAAACAUAGUAAUGUAAUGAGAAUAAUUGAUGAUAGUGGUCCAGAUUUUGCUUUGCCUCCACCUUCAAAGAUGCAUCGAAAUUCUCAUAGACAUGUUGAUGCAAAUUCUUCUGAUCAUGUAGUGGUUAUUACUGAACUUAGAGAGCAAAUAACUAUGUUACAAAAACAAUCUAAUCAAAAGGAUUUUCAACUUUUAAAUAAAGAGAGAUUUAUUACUGAAUUGAAAGCCAAACAUUUUACAACAGAAAAUGAAUUGCGCUCAAAAAUGACUUCAGACAAAAAGGAGUAUAGCAGAGAAGUUGAAAUGUUACAUAGUAAAAUCAAAUGUUUGCAGAAAGAAGUUGCUACUUUAUCUAAAAGUGGUGGUAAACGUGGUGUGCAUCUACGUAAAGAACAUGAUAGUGGUAGUGGUACUGAUAGUCCAUCCGUCACUUAAUUAUGGUGUUAUAAGUACUUGCCAAAUUCAUAUUAUAUUUGGUAUGUACUUGUAUGUAAUUUGUUUAGUGUUAUACAAUUUUUUAUUUAAUUUUUGUAUAAACUUAAUAAAUAUUUGUCAUCCAUUGA